AUGACCAACUCCAGAGAGCUUGAAAGGAAGGAAAGAUUAAUUCGUUUGCUGCAUCGCCUUCGGCUGGAGGAGGAUUUUAAUACCUUGCUAGUCUACGGAAAGGACUGCUUGUUUCAUUCUCUGCUAGAACCCUUGAAGAUACCCUCGGUGAUUGUGGCUUCAAGUGGCCCUAACUUUGAUUGGAAUUUUAGUAGCUCCACACUCAUACUUACUUGUGAAGCAGCUGGAGAAGUGGAGGAAAGUCCACAAACUCUUCAAAAGCUACAAAGAAGCCGGUAUCUUGUUUUAAUCGCACAGGAAACACAUCCGGAACUUGUUUGCAAGGACUAUAACCUGAAGGAGCUGUUUAAUGUAGCCAUGGUUAAGCCAAACUUUGAUCAAACGGAUGUCAUAUACUCAUGUCGCUUUUUUCAAACCCCAAACUAUGAGAAAGUUAACUUCUUCGAAAACAAACCUAUCUACAUCGAAAAUUUUCAAAACAUGAAAGGAUUUGGUAUAAGAACCGUGGCCGACUCAAUGCCACCCAGAACUAUAAGAUAUGUAGAUCCAAACACCAACCAGCUGAAGAUGAAGGGCUACCUCUCACAUUUGUUGAACACCUACAACGAGAAAGUAAAUGCUACACUGGAGUUCUUAAAUCUCUCCAAGAAGGCCACCAUACAGGAUAUUUCGAGAAUGGCAGUUGAGGGUGUGUUGGAUAUUGCCACUGGUGUGGGCAGCUCCUUGCAGCACUCAACGAUGGACACCAUCUCCUAUCCCUACUUGCUGACCAGCUACUGUCUGAUGGUGCCCAAGCCAGCCAAUGUACCCUUCAAUCUGGUGUACUCAAUGAUAGUGGAUCCGGUGGUGUUCAGCAUAAUUCUUGCCCUGUUUUGGAUUUUCUCCGUUCUUCUAAUCUUUACCCAGAAUCUAUCCUGGCGGGGACUGAGUGUUUCCAAUCUCCUCUUUAACGACAAAAGCUUGCGAGGUCUUCUCGGCCAAUCGUUUCCACUUCGGAACAAUCCCAACAAACACCUUAAGUUGGUGAUAUUCCUCCUGUGCUUUGCCAGCGUAAUGAUAACCACAAUGUACGAAGCCUACCUGCAAUCCUUUUUCGCCAGGCCACCUUCUGAGCCUUUUAUUCGCGACUUCCCAGACAUAGCCAACUUCUCGCACAUCAUGUCCAUCAGUAGAGUCGAGGCCAACGUCCUAACAGGCGCCAACAAUGUUCAUUUUCGUGAAAUAAACAAGGAUCAGCUACUGAUAUACGAUAAUUGGACCGAAUACCUGAGCUUAAGGGACUCCUUGAAAACUAAUUUCAUAUUCCCCGUCACUCUGGAUCGCUGGGAAUGCUUCGAGGAGCAGCAGAAGCUGUUCGCCAAGCCCACCUACUACUUGGCCCAUAACCUUUGCUUCACCCAGUUCAUGUUCUUCAGUGUGCCGCUGAGAAAGUACCUACCCCAUCGCCAUCUCUUCGAGGAUCACAUCUUGCGGGCACAUGAGUUCGGACUGGUCAAGUUCUGGAAGGCUAGGAGCUAUUUUGAAAUGGUCGAAGCGGGCCUGGCUUCCCUCAAGGACCUAAGCCAGAAGCAGAAGCCACAGAGUCUCUUGUUGGAGGACAUUUCCCGGAUUCUCAAAGUUUAUGCAUGUGCCAUAUUGCUAAGUAUCUGUUUCUUUAUACUGGAAGUUUUCGAAUACGGAAGAGUAUUUAAACGUUUCUGUAAAUUUGGCAGAAGAUAA